CUUCGAGGGAGGUUCACAUGGGAUCACAAAUUAAAAAGGACAGUGAUAUUUCACUGGCAGCCAUGGCAAUUUCACCCGGGUUAUGAUCCGACCCGGACAAGGAUGUGUUUGGGAGAUAGUAGAAGGGAAGAAGAGCUCAGCUUCACUUCCCUCUGCUACUGAACAAUGCUCUCUCGUCUUCUCCCCAAGCCCUCCCAUUUUCGUCUUCUAACCCUAAUUGCUUCCAAAUCUCAAUCAUGUUACGAUUCGCAUGUUACCAACCCUAUUUUCUCUUCUCUCAUUAGACCUUUCUGCACCAACCACAAUGAUGACGACAAUAACAAGAAGGUCAGAGAUCAAUCAACCUCGGACCCCUGGAAAAUUUCCAGGGAAAGCGAUUCAAAGUUCGACAUUUUCUUCUCUCAAGAUGCUGGAAACCUGCCCGGAAUCACCGGCUCUGGCGAGAGUAGACCUGAGGAUGGGUCGUGGUUAGACGCCAAAGGAGACAGUGGUGGCGACAUAUUUGGGGGAAUCGAUAAGGAGAUUGGCGCCAGGAGCGAAAAUGGUGCCCCCGGUGGCGGGAUUGAAGAUGAGUGGUUGACUUCGGAAGAGUACAAGCCGUGGAGCUUGGUGGAGGAGGAGAAGGUUGAUGUGUUCGACCUGGGAGAGGAUGUGAAGAGAGAAGGUGGAAGCAGAGGGCAAAGUGAUGAGAGCUUGGAGAGUAAGAGAACCGAGGAGAUAGAGAAUCUCGCGAGAGAGGAGAAAGAGCUCACAGCUAUUCUCAAAGGACCAAAUCGUGCAUUUGGGGAUCUUAUUGCAGCAUCAGGUAUAACAGAUGAUAUGUUAGACAGUCUGAUUGCCCUGAAGGACUUGGAAGGGGUUGAAGGAUUGCCUCCUUUAAGUGUAAUAGAAGAUAUGCGCUAUGAAAAGAACACAAGAAGGUCAUCAAGAUAUGAAAUUGAACGCCAGAAACAGGAGGAAAUUGCCAAAGCAAGAGUCAGACAAGUCGAUGAUAAGGGAAGGGCUUAUGGAACUGGAAGAAGAAAAUGCAGUAUUGCCCGUGUUUGGAUUCAACCUGGAGAUGGCAAAUUUGUUAUUAAUGAUAAAGCAUUUGAUGUCUAUUUUCCAUUGCUUGAUCACCGUGCUGCCCUUCUUCGACCUUUCUCUGAGACAAAGACUUUGGGUUUAUGGGAUGUGGACUGCACUGUUAAAGGAGGUGGCAUGACAGGUCAAGUUGGAGCAAUACAACUUGGGAUCAGCCGAGCAUUGCAAAACUGGGAACCAGAUUUGCGUCCUCCACUCAAAGCCGUUGGUUUCUUGACGAGGGAUUCGCGUGUGGUGGAGAGGAAAAAGCCUGGAAAAGCAAAAGCAAGAAAGAGCUUCCAGUGGGUGAAGCGUUGAGAAAAAUACUCUUGCACUAUCACUUUGUGAAUUUUACCUACCAACUUGGAGUUUUGCCUCGGAUACACUUACAGUGCCUGGUACUCAAUCAGAAAUCUAACCUUGAAUGGUAAAGAUUUUGUGAACCAGGAAACAGAAGUUAUCCUUUGAGCAAAUUUUUUGGUUCGGUGAUUAUGCAUUGUUUGGUCCCAAUAUAGUAACCUCAAUGCUGGAAGAUGCUCUUCUAUUUAAUCCCCAUUAAAUUCUGUGAUGUACAAUUUAAAUAAAUGUUAUAUAAAAGGGUUGGCACAAUCAGGGGAGUAUCCUUAGCUUUCUUUCCAUUUAAAACUAGGUUGGUCCUGCCAUAAUCUUUCCCUUGAACUAUAAUUAUUAACCACUGUUCACUUCAUGGACAUCAUGAUUUGAAUGGGUAAGAAAAGGUACUGCAUUGUUUCAGCUAA